CUCUGUGACCCCACAUGGAUGAUCCCAAGUGCUGGCCUUGCGAAGACAGCUGGCUAAAUUAUUAUAUAGAGCCUUCAUCCAGGCUGCAAUCCAGUUGGGUGUCAUGUUCUCCAAGCUUACAACGUAACAUGGAACAACCUGCUGUUGGCUCAAAAUACUUUUGUACGCUACAUUUUUCUUUACUUUGCGACUAGCUGAAGUGUCCAUUUCAUUGGCACUUCCAUGUACUUCAGAUUACAUAUUCUAUUCAAAUUACUCUGCCACAUGAGUAAAAAACACUUAUGGACAACGGAAAAUGGCAGUUUUCUCCCCAAGUUAUUUAUUCCAUGUGAGGAUAUCCUGCCCAGAUAACCUCAGUGUGGAGUACUUAAGUUUGGGAAACUUGGUUAAAAAAAGAAGUAGGACGACCCCUAUUCAGUUUCUUUCCAAACCUAACAAAGCAGCUAUUUGUUUACCCAGGAGGACUAGCAGAGUUCUGCCUUAUUUACCUACUAGGCAAAUUAUGUGUCUGCACAUCAGGGUCUUCUUGGGCGGCAGUAGCUCAGGAGGUAGAGCGGGUUGGCUGGUAACCUGAAGGUUGUUGGUUCGAUCCCCGGCUCCUCCUAGCUGAGUGUCGAGGUGUCCUUGAGCAAGGCACCUAACCCUGACUGUUAGCUCACGUCCUGUGAGGACUAGAGGCAGGUGGGAUCAGUAACCCUCUCCUCGAAAUCUACUACUGAAGAUGAAUGAAUUUCAUCGCUGGAUCGACAAUUGGGCCGGUCCAGCAACUCCCAACGGCUAGCCGUAAUAGGAGCAUAUAACUGUACUGUUCUGCAGCAUAAACUAUUGAGAAAACAGUUCUUCAUUCCUACCUGUCAGAUAAGGUCCGCCCACAUUUGGAGUGCAUGCGUCAGGUUACGCCUGAGCGGCUGUGUGUAAAAAGGAAUGAGUAAGUUCUGAGAGAGGGCAGAAGUGCUCUUCCUCUGGUGGAAGCAUGACGGACCACCUGGUAGGUCUUGGGGCGGUGUCGCUGCUGGCUGUGAUGGAGCAAGUCUAUUUUUCUCUGCAGGUGGUCUAUGCUCGGAGGAAGUACUCGGUGACCCCUCCUUCUACCUCUGGACCUCCCGAGUUUGAACGACUUUACAGAGCGCAAGUCAACUGCACAGAGUAUUUCCCCAUCUUCAUCACGCUGCUGUGGACUUCAGGCCUCUUCUUCCACCAAGGUGUUUCCACGUUGUGCGGGCUGCUGUACCUGUACUCGCGCUACCGCUACUUCAAUGGUUACUGCCAGUCCUCCCGGCAACGGCUGGCUCCUUUGUAUUUUGGUGCCAAGGUUCUGUGGGCUCUGAUCGGCUUCUCCUCUCUGGGGGUGGUCGGCUCGUUCAGCCGUCUCUACGCCGGGGUUGACCUGGUGGACCUGGCCUCCUGCCUGAUUCCUCACGCCCCCGUUGACCUCUGACCCAUGACGCCUGAUCACAUCGACCCAGAUAUUUUCCUUGACUUCAACCUCACCCGUAGCUAUUGUUGCACAAUCCAAACAUUUGUUUACCCAAAUAUUUAAGAUAACGCUAAGCUUAUGCUUUCUGUAGUCCAACAUAACAUUUCCAUCCCAGCAGUCCUAUCUCCAACCCAUGUAAUAAUAAUAAUACAUUUAAUUUAGAGGCUCCUUUCAAGACACCCAAGGUCACCUUACAGAGCAUAAAGUUAUCAUAAAUUGUUUAAAAACAAGACAUUGUGGAAAAAUAAUAAUAAUAAUAAAUAAAUAAAUAAAUGAUUGUGUCCUUAUCGUUUUACAAUUUCAACCGUCCCUCAGACAGAUCUUUAGGAUAUCACAAAAAUACGCUUUCAGUGGAACAACGCAUCGAACUCUGGCCUGCAGUCCCCUCUUCAGCUCACGUUUCCACCGUUCUCUUCCUGCAACCACUUCCACAACUUCAGAGCAAGACCUCUCCUGUUUAUCAGCCUUAUUUCAGAGCAAGACUUCUCCUUGAGCGAGAAUUGGUUGGACGCAGUAGCAAACUGACCGGAUAAAGCCAAAGGUAAAGAUAAAAAAUAACUCCCCAAUUAUUUUUGGGGACGCUUUACAGAAUGUUGUCACACUAAUAAUAUCAAUCUAAGCCACGUGGCCGAAACAAGAAUAAUUCUGGAGGCUUAUUUGUUCAUACAAAGUGGAUUAAUAAAGACAAAAUACAGAAAUCAAAAGGGCAAAGUUUUAUUUUUUAUUUUGAAUAAAUGUUCUUCAAAAUACAUACCGAUUUCUUUUAUUUGUCCACCAACGUUUAGCUAUCUGGAGUGGUUUUAAACAUUCCACCAGGUGGCGCCAUUAAACCACGUUUAACCACAUACAACGAAAUGGUUCGGAUCUCUUACAGUUCUGUUUAACAGUUGUAUCGCCGUGGAUUUAAAUUUAGCCUAAUAUUAACAUGGUUUUGUCAUUGAAAACAAUUAAAUAGCCUACAAAUCCAUUCAUGCAUUCAUUUUCUUUCCCCGUCAUUGGUUUCAGCUCUAGAUAAUCUGACAGAUCUCUCUUAGUUUAUUCCAAUCGGCGGUAAUUUAUGGAAAGAGGACAUAAUCCUUUUCCAAGCGCCCCGAGCAUAACUGUACUUUAAUCCGGUUUUCUUCUGUGCGAUGGAUAUUGGGAACGCACGACGAGACGUUCGACGACACCCCUUUAGAAACGGUUUCAAGUUCCAGCGCGUGACAUGUUGGAAUGUCAGGUCGCUCGCCUCCGUUGCCGUAGCAACAGUACGGGUCAACUCCAGUCUCCUCGCAUAGAGAGAAGCGGCCGGCUACGCAAUGACAUCCCGUGGAGCUAGAUACCGCCUGGGUUCCCCCUUCCAGCGCCUCCUGGUCAACAUGGGCAUGGCUUCCUCUGCCUUCCCCUCAGCCUUCCCCUCAGCCUUCAACCCCAGACCUGCCCAGGACCGCGCCCCCACCUCCCUGUCCUCCCGCCACUACCUAGCCGGCUGCAGUCGUGACGCAGAGCUCGGUCCAGACUCCCCGGCUCCUCCCACUCUCUCGCUGGGGCGGGGCCUAGGCCUGAGCUUUCAGGAAGGGAGGUGGGUGAGGGGAAGAGGAGAAGGCGGAGGAGCGGGUGAGGAGAGCGGAGCUGGGAAGGAGCAGAAGAGACGGAUCCAGAGGUUGAAGGAGGAGAACCGUCUGUUGAAGCUGUCUGUGGAGGUCCUGCUGGACAUGAUGACCAUGGUGAAGCUGAAGGACUGCGAUGGCGAGGCCGAGGAAGGGGGUCGCCAGGCCUCGGAGAGGAGACCCGCGGGGGGUAAGGGGGUGUGGUGGGCCCCCAACCUGCCCGACAAACGGAGAGCUUAGACCAUUAAAGGCUUUCCUCUGCAGUACCCCUCUGUUCUCCCUCUCUGAUUGGACAGGAUUAGACUAGUUUAUCACAAAUAUCAAUAUUUAUUAAUCCAUCAUAAACCUGUACUUAAAUCGAAAAACCUUCAAGCCCCUUUUCUUAAAUUGCAAUUGUUUUAUUUUCUGCAUUAGUGAUCAAAGUUCUCUUUUAUAAUUUGGGGGAAAAAAAUUCCCUUGAUUCUACUCUGCCAUGGUACCAACUCCCAUGGAGCCCUGAAAGAGGACAUUCACAUGGAGAAUCCCCCCUCUCCGUUCACCUGGCACUGAAACGUUGUGCUACUUCCAUCUGCAAAGGCAAAUGUAACCUUCUAGAAAAUUAAAUUAAAGAAGCGCAUUCCUUCCUUGCUCAUCUCGAGAUAGCAAAGCAAGAAUU